AUGGAAGACGAUGCCGAGAGGGAUGGCUAUCGUGCCGAGAUGGCCCAAGCGUCAAGUGACACAAGCAUUCAAGCCACGAAGUCGAAGAAGAGACGAUCGAAAGACCGCUCGCGGACUGCUACACCAUCCGUCGAGGUACCGACAACAGACGGCAAUACACAGGAUCUCCUCCGCAAUACUGCAAAGCGCCGGAAGUCUAUCAGUAAUCCCGGAAGUAUCUACGCCAACACACUCCACAGCGCCGGCCACACGGUGCUCAACAGACUAGCCGAGCAUCUAGGUUACGCAGGCUUCCGCAAGGAAAGGGAGCUUGGCAAUGGACUCGUGAGCAGGCCUGCCAUUACUGGCAGCACGGGAGACUGGACACUAUGGCAGAGUACAUCCUAUAUGAACGAGUCUGGGAAAGGCGUGAGAGCUGCCCACACUGCUUGGUCAAAGCACAUCCCCGUGGCAGAGGCAGGCAAGCUGGUCGUUAUCUAUGACGAGCUGGAGAAGGCCAUGGGUGUGGUUACACUACGGACGAACCAGGGGGCAAGUGCCAAGGGACACAAUGGGUUGAAGAGUAUCAUGGCGACUUUGGGUAAUAACGUUGCUUUGGCUCGCAUUGGCGUCGGUAUUGGCCGUCCUGUAAGCAGAGAUAGCAAUGAUGUGGCUCAAUAUGUGCUGAAGAAGAUGACGCCAGCAGAGAAGGCCAAGAUUGAAGUGUCUGUUGAAGAGGUGGUCGCGAAGCUAAAGCAGUUGGAGAAGGGUUGA